CGCAGCCGCCCCCCCAUGCCGAGCAGCUCGGACACGGCCCUGGGCGGCGGCGGCGGCGGGUCCGGGGCCGGGGCCGGGUUGAGCUGGGCCGAGAAGAAGCUGGAAGAGCGCCGCAAGCGUCGGCGCUUCCUGUCCCCGCAGCAGCCGCCGCUGCUCCUGCCGCUCCUGCAGCCGCAGCUCCUGCAGCCGCCGCCGCCGCCCCCGCAGCCGCCGCCACCCCCGCAGCCGCCGCCCUCGCUGCUCUUCCUGGCGGCCCCGGGCCCGGCCGCCGCCGCAGCCGCCGCCGCCGCGGCCUCCUCGUCCUCCUCCUGCUGCUUCAGCCCGGGGCCGGGGCCGGGGCCGCCGGGGCUCGAGCUCAAGCGGCUGCCUAGGGGGAAGAGGCGCGCCGCGGCCCGGCAGAAGCGGCGCCGCGGGGCCCGCGUCGGGCAGGAGGCCGAGCGGCGCCGGCUCUUCCCCCCGCCGCCGCCGCGGCGGUCGCAGGACGGGGGCGGCGGGGCCGGGCCCGGGGCCGCCAGCCCGCCCGCCGCCGACUACGACGACGUGAGCUCCCAGUCGGAGCAGGGCCUGGGGCCGCCCGGAGCGCCGGGCGCCGGGGCCGGGACCGGGACCGGCGGGGGAAGCCCGGCCUCGUCGCCCGGGGCCCCGGCACGGCGCGGGGACGGCUCGUCGGAGCGCAGGCCGCGCCGGGAGCACCGGGGCGGCGGCGGCGGCGGCGGCGGGGGCCGCAGCAAGGAGCGGCACCGGGAGCACCGGCGCCGGGACGCGCAGCGCGCCGGGGCCGGAGAGGCCUCGGCCAAGUCCCGCGGCCGCCACGGCCACGGCGACGACCGCGCGUCCGAGGCCUCUGCCAAGGGCGGCGGCGGCGGGGGGCGCCGCAAGAGUGCGUCGGGCGCGUCGGGCCGCAAGGAGCGGGACUCGAAGGCGCACCGCAGCCGGACUAAGGCGGCCAAGGAGCCGCCCUCGGCCUACAAGGAGCCGCCGCGGGCCUACCGCGACGACAAGAGCGAGCCCAAGGCCUACCGGCGCCGCCCGCGCUCGCCCAGCCCGGCCGGCUCCCGCGAGGACGGCGCCCUGCGCGGCCGCAAGUCCCCGAGCAGCCCGGCGGGCGGCGGCUCCGGGGCCAGCCCGUACUCGCGGCGCGGGCCGCGCUCACCCAGCCCGUAUGCCCGCCGCCGCUCGCCCAGCUACAGCCGCCACAGCUCGUAUGAGCGCGGAGGGGACGUGUCGCCCAGCCCGUACGGCGGCAGCUGGCGCCGCUCCCGGAGCCCCUACAGCCCGGCCGUCAGGCGAUCUGCCAAGUCGCGAAGCAGAAGCCCUUACUCAUCUAGGCAUUCGAGGUCCCGCAGCAGACAUAGAUUAUCUAGGUCCCGGAGUCGCCACUCUAGCAUUUCUCCUAGCACUCUGACUCUGAAAAGUAGCCUGGCUGCUGAGUUGAACAAGAACAAGAAAGCCAGAGCCGCGGAAGCAGCCAAAGCUCACGCCAAAGCGUCCAACACCUCGACGCCCACCAAAGUAGGGAGCACUGACUCUGCAGGUGGCAGCGCGCCUCAAGCCAACCAUGUGAAGGAGCUGAAGAAGCUCAAGGCUGAACACACGCCUUCUCCCACAAGUGGCGGGACUCUGAAAAAUGACAAGACAAAAGUAAAACCCUCUCUGCAGGGAGCAAAGGUAGAAAAUAAUUUGAUUGUAGACAAAACCAAGAAAGGCAUUGUCGCGGGCAAGGAGAGUCAGCCGACUGUGGUGAAGGAGGAGCCGGCAGUACUGAAAGAGAAAAGCAAACCACGCACCCCAAGCUUGGGCACCAAGGAGAAGGAGCACCAUGGACCAUUGGUGACCUCCACUUUACCACCUUUGCCUUUUCCUCCUCUGCUGCCUGAAGACAAAGAUGCUGACAGUUUAAGAGGGAACAUUUCUGUAAAGGCGGUGAAAAAAGAAGUGGAGAAGAAGCUGCGCUGCCUGUUGGCAGACCUGCCUCUGCCCCCCGAGCUCCCAGGUGGGGAUGACUUCUCAACCAGUCCUGAGGAGAAGAAAGCCUCUGCCCCGGUGCACAGUAAGAGAAGGCCCAAAAUAUGUGGGCCUCGCUAUGGUGAAAUAAAAGAAAAGGAUAUUGACUGGGGAAAACGCUGCGUGGAUAAAUUUGAUAUCAUUGGAAUUAUUGGAGAAGGCACCUAUGGGCAAGUUUACAAAGCCAGGGAUAAAGAUACAGGAGAAAUGGUGGCCUUAAAAAAAGUCCGGCUAGAUAAUGAAAAGGAAGGCUUCCCCAUCACAGCCAUCCGAGAGAUUAAGAUCCUUCGACAGCUUACCCACCAGAGUAUUAUCAACAUGAAGGAAAUUGUGACUGACAAAGAAGACGCUUUAGAUUUUAAGAAGGACAAAGGUGCAUUUUAUUUGGUGUUUGAAUACAUGGACCAUGACCUGAUGGGACUCCUGGAAUCAGGCCUGGUUCAUUUUAAUGAAAAUCACAUAAAAUCAUUCAUGAGACAACUGAUGGAAGGUUUGGAUUAUUGCCAUAAGAAGAACUUUUUACAUAGAGAUAUUAAGUGUUCAAAUAUUCUACUAAACAAUAGAGGGCAGAUAAAGCUAGCCGACUUUGGACUUGCUCGAUUAUAUAGCUCCGAAGAAAGUCGGCCAUACACCAACAAAGUGAUCACUUUAUGGUACCGGCCUCCGGAACUUCUUCUGGGGGAGGAGCGAUAUACCCCCGCAAUUGAUGUCUGGAGCUGUGGAUGCAUCCUUGGUGAACUCUUCACUAAAAAACCGAUAUUUCAGGCAAACCAGGAGCUUGCACAGUUAGAACUCAUCAGCCGAGUAUGUGGGAGUCCGUGUCCUGCGGUGUGGCCAGAUGUCAUCAAGCUUCCCUACUUCAAUACGAUGAAGCCAAAAAAGCAGUACCGCCGGAAACUUCGAGAAGAGUUUGUCUUUAUCCCCACAGCUGCGCUAGAUUUAUUUGAUUACAUGCUGGCUUUGGAUCCUGGCAAACGCUGCACGGCAGAGCAGGCCCUUCAGUGUGAGUUUCUGCGAGACGUGGAACCCUCCAAGAUGCCGCCCCCAGAUCUUCCUCUGUGGCAAGAUUGUCAUGAACUGUGGAGCAAGAAACGUAGAAGGCAGAAGCAGAUGGGGAUGACAGAGGACACGUCUUCGACUAAGAUUCCUAGGAAAGAUCUGUCUCUGGGCCUGGAUGACAGCAGGACCAACACCCCCCAGGGGCUGCAGGCGAAUUCACAACUCAAAUCUCAGGGCAACACCAAUGUAGCACUUGUAAAAACAGGCACUGGACAGCAUUUAAACCACAAUGAAUUGGCAAUACUUCUAAACCUCCUACAGUCUAAACCAAGUGUUAGUGUGGCUGAUUGUGCCCAAAUAUUGAACAUUAAGGUAAAUCCUGAGCCUCAACAGCAGCUAAAUAAAAUAAACCUUCCUGCUGGAAUUUUGGCAACAGGUGAAAAACAGACAGAUCCACCAACACCCCAGCAGGAGUCUUCCAAACAGCCUGCAGGAGGAAUGCAGCCUUCAACUCAGCCUGUGCCCCCUAAAGUUGAGACUGAUGCUGCCCAGGCAGCUGUGCAAAGUGCGUUUGCAGUUCUCUUGUCGCAGCUAAUAAAGGCCCAACAGUCUAAGCAGAAGGACGCAGCCAUGGAAGAGAAGGAGAAUGGAGCAGGCCACGAGCUGUCUCUGCAGCUGCGGCAGCCUCCGGAGCCCAGCCCUCCUCUGCUCGGGCAAGAUGAACAUGUCAAACACACAGAGAUGAGGAUGCUGGAGCUAACGCCAGAACCGGAGCGCCCACGAAUCUUGCCUCCAGACCAGCGCCCCCCAGAACCCCCCGAGCCACCGCCCCCUUCUGAAGAAGAUCUGGAUUAUCGGACAGAAAACCAGCAUGUGCCCACGCCUAGUUCUUCAUUGACUGACCCUCAUGCUGGAGUGAAGGCUGCUCUGUUGCAGCUUCUUGCUCAACAUCAGACCCAGGAUGAGCCCAAAAUGGAAACAAGUAUGGAUUAUCAAGCAGGCGAUACCUAUGUUCCAGGUUCAGACUACAAGGAUAAUUUUGCAUCCUCUUCUUUCUCUUAUGUUAAUGACGGUUUAGGAAGUGGAUCCGUUCCAGCCCUAGAAAGACGAAGCUUCAUUGGAAACUCAGAUAUACAGUCUUUGGAGACCUACAGCACGGCUUCAUCUCAUUCUGGGGGCCCACCUCAGCCGCCUGCCUUUUCAGAAUCCUUCUCCAGCUCAGUAGCUGGGUAUGGAGACAUUUACCUCAACACUGGUUCCAUGUUGUUUAGUGGAGAUAAGGACCAUAGAUUUGAGUAUAGUCACGGCCCAAUUGCAGUUCUGGCCAAUAGCAGUGACCCUGCCACUGGGCCUGAGAGCACUCACUCUUUGCCAGCCAAGAUGCACAGCUACAACUAUGGGGGCAAUUUGCAGGAGAGUCCAGUGGGCCCUGGCCUUCUGCACGGACAGACUUGGCCUUCCCCCGCCCAGGGCCCUGGCUAUUCCCAAGGAUACAGGGGACACAUUAGCACAUCUACAAGCAGAGGGCGAGGCAGAGGGUUGCCGUACUGAGUAUCUGUUUUUCCUCAGGCACAUCGUUUUUAUCUGGAAAGACUUUUCCUAGCUGCAGUUUCAGGCAGCAGUCCAACAGACUUGAAUAAUGUUAAUUCAACAACAGCUUUAUUUUUUAUGUGGAAAAGGGUCUUGCAUACAAUAGUUUAAAAAAAAAAAAAACCUCACACACAAAAAACCCACCUUGGCUUAAAUUCAUGCUGUUCUGAAAACUAGAUCUCCUGACUGUACAUCUUCAGAUUCUAGUUAGCAAUUUUAUUUUGUAUUUUCGCAGGUAUUAGUGUAUGCUAAACUUGGGGACACGAGCAUUUUAUGACCCUAUUGCAGAUCUUCUGAACUAUGCACAUUUGUGCUUUUUUUUGUAAGUUUGGACCAACUUUUAUGUAAAAAAAAAAAAAAAAGUUUGCCAAGAAUCAGAAAGGGCACUGAUUUAUCGGGUAUUUUUCUUUUUACAAAGCUACCUUUAGCCCAAGGUCACUGUUAGUCUUUGCACCUGCUUUCAGUGUGAUUGUGAAAGGUGUACUUUGUGCUCAUUUCAGAAAAUAAAACACAACCUUUCUCUUGAUGCAACAGUUUUAUAAAAAAAAAAAAAAUGGUCAAUGUUAUUUUUCUUUUGAAUUUCCAAAUUACUGCAUAGCCUAGCAAAAUACUAAAAUGAAACAAUGGGUUUUAUAUACAAAAUAUGUUGGGGUGGGGAGGGAAAGUAAGUGCCUUAACAGGUAAGCUUAAAAGUUUGAAACAAUAGCCUUUACAGCCCAUUUUUUAAAAAAAAGGAGAUUGGUGCCCUGAACAGAAGAGUGCCCACUCUCGAUUCACAUAACGCCCACCCUCCCCCACCCAUCACCCCUCAUUCUUCUCCCCCUGGCCUGCCCACCUGUCUGCCUUUGGGUUGGGUCCUAGUCAUUACCACCUCCAUUAAAAAAGGGUGAGACCGAGAACAAGAGAGGAGGAUGAAGCGCCUCCCAGUACGUUUUGCUCCUUGUCAGAAAUUCUGCUCAAAGAGUUUUAUGAGGGAUCUGGCUAAAAGCAUCAAAGAGAAGGAGGAUUUUUAUUUUAUCUGUGAAGUUCAGUUAUCCAUGCUAACCCCAUUCCCAUGGAUAACAGAGUUGAUGAUAGUAAAAGCCAGGGUCAAUAACAGAAUGAGAACAGUCCUAUUAGAAUGGGAUAAGGGACAGAAACAGCAUUGUGAAUUUACCUAAUUGCCAUUUAUUCAUUUCCUGUCAGCCUGCUCCACGUAUUUCAUUGGUUUAAUGAGAGCCAUUGCCCAGAAUGAUUGCAGAGGUGGCAAAAGAGGGAAACAUUCUGAAAACAGAUCCCCUUUACUCCCCUUCUUCUAGAUAAAUUUUACAUGACUUGUCCUGAGUUCUUCUGCCAAGUGUUUAUGGAAUUUUAUUUCAUUUUAACAUCGUUUUUCUUUUGUAAAAUAGAAGAGAAUGAUGGAAUAAUCCUUGUUUAAGCUGCAAGUGGUACCAAUUUUAACUCUUUGCUCACAAAGAAUCAUCAUUUAAAAGGGUAGCCAAAGGUAAAUAACUAAGUGGUUCCAUUAUAACUAAAAAGAAAAUGUCAUCCCUGGAAAUUAGAAUUGUGCCAUUCAGAUAUUCUGAUGAGAAUUCAAUGCUUGAUUUGGAGUUUUAAAUUGGAAAGAUUAUUGAAUCCAAACCACUCCAGGUGUAAUUUCUAUUUCCAAAUAUGCUCCUUCCACCCUUAGAACCUUAGGCCCUCUACUUUCGGGAAAAAAAAAAAGAAAAAAAAAACUUGAACCCCAUUUCAUGGAAAAUGAUAUCAAAACAACAUGUGGAAAGAAUCUGAUAAAUGAAUAUAACUGUUAAAACUUAAGGCGCAUUCUUUACUUUUGUAAGUGGUAAAAAUUUCCAUUUCACAACUAUGAAAUGAGUUGGUAUCAGUUGACUUUUAAUUUUUGGUGGAGUUUUUUUGGGGGAAGGGAGGGAUGGGGUAGAAGGAAAAAACCCCAAAGUUUUAUUUGAACUUUGAGUUACUAACAACUUUAUAAUUAAUUACUACAUUGCAGGGAGUGAAGAAAACAAAUCUGUAAAAUUAGCAAAAUAGGUACAGUAUUCAAGUAUCUGAAGUUGAGUACGGUGAGUCUGGUAGCUUUAGACUUUGCUAUAAAUGACAGUAUCUAAGUUAUUCUUCAUAGUCACACUAGAGAAUCCUGCUGCCCAUGAGCAGCUAACCUGGAAAUGAAGAUAUUUAUGUGACAUGAAUAGCCUGUGUUUAAAAAAAAUUAAAUAUUUUAUAUAAAAUUGAA